UUUAUUUUUCCAACAAUUAACAGUCUCAAUUCGCUCGUCUUCUUGCGUUGUUUGAAUUCGCGUUUAAACAUCCCCUUUUGUGAAUCAGUUAUUUUUCUUAUCAUCUACAUCAGAGUCUCAACAAAUUUUUGUAAAAAUCGUUCAUUUCAAAUUUAGAUACAAGUGGCUUAUUAUAUAAAUGCCAUAAGAAAAAGUAUAUAAGUCAAAAAGUUAAUGAGAUAUCCUUGAACCUGAAAGAAUGGCUUUUGCUUGGUAGGAACCUUUAUAAGCCUGACGAAGACCUAUCAGAACGCUCAGUGUAAAACUAUCACGUCGACGACGCUAUAUAGAAAAGCCGUCCAGUGAAAAAAAAAAAAAAAUCGACAAGUAUACUUGUUGCAUUGUGAGAAUUACGAUACAAGUGCAUUCACUUAAGAUUUUUGCUUUAAACCCAUGAAUAAAUAGAGAACGUGUUCCCAAGUUAAUGUCAGUGUAAAGGAACUUUUUCGCACAUGAAAUAGACAUUUUUUUUAAAUAAUUGAACUUCAGUGUUUUCUGUUGUAAAAUUUUUUUUUUAUAUAAAUCAUGGAAACUAAAAUAGCAACCAAAUUAAAAAAUAUCAGCUUAGUCGAUAACGAAAUGUCGAAAACCAAAUUUUUGAAAGAUGGACCAAAAAUGACCAGAUAUACGUUGGCAGACGUCGCUGACGACCUGGAUCACAGAAUGGAUUAUCAUAUCCAAGCUGUCAGAAAGGAAGAUCGAGAACGAGUUUUGAAUUUUUUGAGAAAAUUCUUCUUCAGAGAUGAACCCUUAAACUAUACAAUUAAAUUAAUUCCUGAAGGUGAAAAUAGCACUUGCUAUGAACUGGAGGAUUAUAGUUUAUCUGCCAUGAAUGAAGAUUUGAGUCUAAUGGCAGUUUCUAGUAAUGGAUCAAUCAUUGGUGUUAUAUUAAAUGGUAGCAUGGGUCCUCCUAGCAAUGAAGAACCAGAUUACAUAACAAAUUGUAAAAAUCCAAAAUUUAAAAAGAUUUUAAAAUUCCUUCAUUACGUAGACGUAAAAUCAAAUAUUCACGGAAAAUUCCCCAAUCAGAAAGUUUUUGAAAUUAGGAUAGUUUCAGUUGAUAGCAAUUGGAGGGGUAAAGGAAUUGCGAAAGCUCUUUUAGAAAAAUCAAUGGAAAUCAGCAAAAUUCGAGACUAUGAUUUACUACGAGUCGAUUGCUCUUCUGCGAUAACAGGAAAAUUGUGUCAGCGAUUAGGUUUCGAACCGGUUUAUGAACUCAAAUACGCUGAUUAUGUGGACGAAGUUGGUAAUCCUAUCUUUACACCUUUACAUCCUCAUGUAUCCGAAGUGACCUACGUUAAAAAAAUUGAAAAAUAGUGAUAAACUCUUACAUUUCAGACAUUCUCUAAAAUUAUUUUUAGAAAAAGAGACAAAAGACAUAUCAUUGAGCAGGACGAUAUUUUAAAUUUAAAAACCAAAAAAAAAAAAAAAAAUGCCUCAUACGUAUAGCAAGAGAAAAAUUUUAUCAAAGUACUAAAAAUUCUUCGAAAUACUUAACUAUUUAUAUACUUGAUAUAUACAUUUAACGUUAUAAAAUUAGUUACUCGAUUAAAUUAACUAUAGUAAUUGAUUAAUUAAAUAUAUGUGAUUACUUAAUUAUAUCAAGAUAUCAAUUAAAAUGUCAAUUCUGAUUUGCAAUAUACAUUAGGACGUUAUUAAAUUUGCUCAAUAUUCAAAAUGUGAUUCGAUAGACAUAGUUUCUUCUAUUAACCAAAAAAAAAUCAUAUGUAUCAUAUUGUAUCAUAUUAAUGAUACAACAUAGGAUUAUUUUUAUACUAAUGCACAAUAGUAAUUCAGUUCCUGUUCGUAUUUUUUUUGUGUAAACUGAAUGAAUGGAAAAAUUGUACUGACAUUUAUUGAAGUAAAAGAAAAAUAUUUAUUUUAAAAUAUUCAUUAAUCAAAACAAAAGAGUUUUAUUUA